UACAGGAACCGGUGGAGCGAGGCUGGUCGCCGCUGUCCCGUCUCUGUCCUGUACGGCUACCGUUUUUUUUUCUUUCACCUCUAAAUGUUGUGAGUGGUUCUAAAGCGUAUAUUAAUUACAGCCUUCGACUAGGCCCGAGGACAGCCUGAUAUAAAAGCUCAGCAAUGACCACCUACCAGGAGUUCAUCCAACAGAACGAGGACAGAGAUGGGGUGAGGUUCAGCUGGAACCUCUGGCCCUCCAGCCGCCUGGAAGCCACCAGGCUUGUGGUCCCGGUCUCCUGCCUCUUCACCCCGCUCAAGGAGAGGCCUGACCUGCCACCGGUCCAGUAUGAACCAGUCUUGUGCAGCCGAGCCAACUGCAAGGCUGUGCUCAACCCUCUAUGUCAAGUUGACUUCAGAGCAAAAAUAUGGGCAUGCAACUUCUGCUUUCAAAGAAACCCAUUCCCACCCUCUUACGCAGGUAUAUCAGAUGUGAAUCAGCCGGCCGAGCUCAUGCCACAGUUUUCCACCAUUGAGUACAUAGUGCAGCGUGGACCCCCAGCCCCUCUGAUCUUCCUGUAUGUGGUAGACACAUGUCUGGAGGAGGAGGACCUACAGGCCCUCAGGGAGUCUCUCCAGAUGUCCCUCAGCCUGCUUCCACCCAACGCCCUGGUGGGCCUCAUCACAUUUGGGCGCAUGGUCCAGGUUCAUGAGCUCAGCUGUGAGGGCAUCGCCAAGAGCUACGUGUUCCGGGGCACCAAGGAGCUGUCCUCCAAACAGAUCCAGGAGAUGCUGGGUUUAAUGAAGCCGACAGCGUCAGGGCAGCAAGGUCGUCCACUGGCCCCUCAGGACGCUGUUGCAGCCUCCUGCAGGUUCCUGCAGCCUGUCCACCGUGUCGAUAUGAAUCUGACUGAUUUGCUAGGAGAGCUUCAGAGAGACCCCUGGCCUGUGCCUCAGGGUAAACGGCCACUCCGCUCCACUGGCGUCGCACUAUCUGUUGCUGUUGGUCUGCUGGAGGGUACGUUCCCCAACACAGGAGCUCGUGUGAUGCUGUUUACUGGAGGCCCCCCCACCCAGGGUCCAGGAAUGGUGGUGGGAGACGAGCUGAAGACUCCCAUCCGCUCCUGGCAUGACAUCCAGAAGGACAACGCUCGCUACCUGAAGAAAGCCACCAAGCACUAUGAAGCCCUGGCAAACCGAUCAGCAGUGAAUGGCCACAGUAUUGAUAUCUACGCCUGUGCUCUAGAUCAGACUGGACUGCUGGAAAUGAAGUGCUUAGCUAAUCUCACUGGGGGUCACAUCGUGAUGGGAGACUCCUUCAACACUUCCCUGUUCAAGCAGACCUUCCAGAGGGUCUUCACUAAAGACUAUAAUGGAGACUUUCGUAUGGCCUUUGGAGGCACACUGGAGAUCAAGACAUCAAGAGAGCUGAAGGUUUGUGGGGCCAUCGGGCCGUGCGUCUCGCUCAACUCCAAGAGUCCCUGCGUCUCAGAGAAUGAGAUGGGCAUUGGUGGUACCAGCCAGUGGAAAGUGUGCAGUCUCAACCCUUCCACCACUUUGGCCAUGUAUUUUGAGGUGGUGAAUCAGCACAAUGCACCAAUCCCCCAGGGCGGCCGAGGUGCAAUCCAGUUUGUCACCCAGUACCAGCACUCCAACACCCAGAAGAGGAUACGUGUCACUACCAUCGCCAGGAACUGGGCAGAUGCUCAGUCUCAAAUUCAGCACAUCGAGGGAUCAUUUGACCAGGAGGUGGCUGCUGUGCUCAUGGCUCGUCUGGGUGUCUUCAGAGCGGAGUCAGAGGAGGGACCAGAUGUCCUGCGUUGGCUUGACAGACAGCUCAUCCGCCUAUGUCAGAAGUUUGGCCAGUUCAAUAAGGACGAUCCUACUUCCUUCAAGCUGUCCGAGUCACUGUCCCUCUACCCACAGUUUAUGUUCCACCUGCGGCGGUCGCCCUUCCUGCAGGUGUUUAACAACAGCCCUGAUGAGUCAUCCUACUACAGGCACCACUUUGUCCGGCAGGACCUGACCCAGUCCCUGAUCAUGAUCCAGCCCAUCCUGUACUCCUACUCCUUCUACGGACCACCAGAGCCUGUUCUCCUGGACAGCAGUAGCAUCCUGCCAGAUCGAAUCCUUUUGAUGGACACUUUCUUCCAGUUGGUUAUCUACCAUGGAGAGACCAUAGCCCAAUGGCGAAAGGCAGGCUACCAGGAAAUGGCAGAAUAUGAGAACUUCAAGCAGCUGCUGCAGGCUCCUCUGGAUGACGCCCAGGAGAUUCUGCAGACUCGCUUCCCCAUGCCGCGCUACAUCGAUACAGAGCACGGAGGCUCUCAGGCCCGCUUCCUUCUCUCCAAGGUCAAUCCAUCACAGACCCACAACAACCUCUACGCCUGGGGACAGGAGACUGGAGCUCCAAUCCUGACGGACGAUGUCAGCCUCCAGGUUUUCAUGGACCACCUGAAGAAACUGGCUGUGUCCAGCUCUGCAUAAGCGUCUCUGCUCUACGACAAAAUGGAAGGAUGCAGGAGGAGGAGUGAUAAAGAUAAAGAGACAUUCCUAUACAAAUGAAGGGACCCAUUAACAUUUCCAGUUUCAGUGAUGGACCCAAGCCCACAGAGUUUAUGUAUUUGUUUGAUUUUAUUCUGUUCUGUCUUAAGUCACUGUAACAUUUCUUCAAUACAGAUGGAAAGGGAUAGGAAAAAAGCACAUUCCUGUAGAUACAAAGAAGCUACAGACAUUCCCUCUCUUUUUCAAGUUAUUUAUGACAAAAUGGGGGACAAUACUGCACAGCCAUUCUCUCAAAUUCUCAGACUAUUUUCACUGUAUUACCUCUGCCAUUCAGGAUUAGUAAACUAAUAAUUUCAUUUGUUUAUUUUCUUUGUUUGUCUGUCUCUUUAAAUGUGUGUCUACUGCACAGACUUGGCUAAAGGUGCUGUUUAAUAGGAGGCUCAAAACAAAAUAAAUUACUGUGUCUGUAGAUAAAGAUGCUACAUCUAGCAUUCUCUCAUAAAUAAACUGAUGUGAAAAGUAUUGUGAUAGCCGAUUGUAAUGCUGGGGGGUGGGUGAUUGGGUACAAGGGCUAUGGAGCAUUGCACUAAUGGCUUGUUUAAUCACAAUAUAUUUGAAAAUGAUAUAUUCCCAUGUUACCUGAAGUGUUUUCCAAGAUAAUUCCCUCUGAAUAAUUAUGAUUAAUGUUCUGAUGAAUCGAAGUUCUUUUCAGUACUAUGCUGGAUUGCUGUCAAUUAUCUGACUGUUUUCAAUGACGAACAUCAAAAUUGUGACGUGCCCUGUUUAACAUAGACUCUAUAGUGCAUUGUAUAGUUUAGUCCACUGAUGCUCACGGCACCUCGUCAUGUGGUAUUUUGCACCCAAUGACUGCCCAAGUCUAUUUGUAAUUAAACUUUAAUAUACUGUACUAAUGUAUUAAAGGGGGAGUUAUUUGACUUAGA